AUGUAUAAUCUUGCUUCUUGCAUUUAUAUUGAUUAUUCGGCGGCGCUAAUUAAUUUUCAAAACCCCCCUACAGUCGUCCGACGGUUUCCCUGUAAAUGUUCAGAUUCUUAUCCCAACCCUAAACCCGAUUCCAUGGCGGACCCAGAUGAACCGCUCACCCCCGCCGGCCGCCUCUUCGUCCAGCCUCUUAUGGAUCAAAUCAUCAACUCCUCCGUCGCCCUCCAAAAUCCGAUCGACGCCGACGCAAUCAAGGCGGCCAUCGGAGAAUCCAUCAUGGUCAGGCAUCCACGAUUCUGCAGCCUCAUGGUGCGCGACGCCGCCGGCCGGGAGCACUGGCGGAGGACUCCGGUCGACGUCGACCGCCACGUCAUCGUCCGGGAUGCUCCUCUCUCCGACGAUCCGUCCGUCUCCGACGAAGACGCCGUCAGCGAUUACAUCGCCGAUCUCACCGUCUCGUCGCCGCUCGCCGCCGAUAAACCGCUCUGGGAGGUUCACCUGCUCCGGGCCCACAGGACCGCCGUGUUCCGUGUGCACCACGCGCUCGGAGAUGGAAUCUCGUUGAUGUCGUUGAUGCUCUCCUGCUGCCGGCGAGCCGACGAUCCGUCUAAGGUCCCGACUAUCGGCGGCGUCGGCGCGUCAUCGGCGCCGCCGCCGUCGACGCCGGAGAGGAGGAAGCUAGGCUUCUGGACGGCGAUGAUGAUGGUUUGGUACACUUUGGUUUACGUUCUUGAAUUCCUAUCGAGAGCACUGUGGAGGAGCGAUGAACCCACCGCCAUCAUCGGUGGCGCCGGAGUGGAGCUCUGGCCGCGGAAGCUAGCGACGGCGAGGUUCCGGCUAGACGACAUGAAGAUUGUCAAGAGAGUAGUUGAAAACGCGACCAUCAAUGAUGUUCUAUUUGGAAUAAUAUCGUGUGGGCUUUCCCGAUACUUGGACAUGACAUCGCCACAAGGACAAGCAGGAUUGAAGGACGGUGUUGGGAUGACAGGAUUGGCAAUGGUGAAUUUGAGAGCAGAAGCAGGAUUGCAGGACGUAUCGAAGCUGAUGGAUGGCAAGUCCAAAAUACGAUGGGGCAACAAGUUUGGAAUGCUUCUCUUGCCCAUUUAUUACCACAAAACCGACUUCGAUUCCAACUCCGAUCCGAUCGAAUUUGUUAGGAGAGCCAAAGCCAUGAUCGACAAGAAAAAGCUCUCGCUAGAAGCCCCUUUCUCAUACGCACUCGGGAAUCUCGUCAUGUCCUUAUUUGGCGCCAAGAUUGCAAGCAUUCUGAACUACAGGAUCGUAUGCAACACGAGUUUCACAUUAUCAAACGUGGUUGGGCCACGCGAGGAGAUCACUAUGGUCGGGAACCCUGUCAGGCACCUCAGGGCUACUUCUAGCACACUUCCCCAUGCAUUGACGAUGCAUAUGGUGAGCUACGCAGGGAACGCAGAUUUGCAGAUAUUGGUAGCUAAAGACAUCAUAGCUGACCCCAAAGUUGUCGCCAAGUGCUUCCAGGAUUCUCUGCUCCAAAUGAAGCAACUUGCACUUCAACGCACCAAUUCAAAAUCCUAAUGGAUAAUGGAUUAUGGAUUAUCUCCCGUAAGAGAUAGUCCGGUGGUACGAAGAGUGACCGUGACGUCAUGAAAUCAAACCUUGAUAUUUUUAAAUUUACCUGCCACACAUGGUUCGUCUAAUAUAAUUAAAAAAAACUUUAAUCGGUGCAACACAUUUAAUUUAUUUAAUUCGCCAUUUUAUAUACAUAAUUAAGAUAAUAGUUCAAAUUAUAAUAUUUCAAACAAUUACAGCAAUCAAUGAUUUUGUUUAGUGUUUGUUUUUAUUUUGUUUGGUUGUACUA